AUUAAGAAUUUGCCCCUCAAAUUAGAAAAAUAUUCAUAAAUUCAACAUUGAACACCAUUGGAGCGAACUCAACUAAGAAGGCAGAAGCUGCAGACUUGGAGAGGAAGAGAUUCCGUCGCAUUCCUCCAACCACACGCCACUGCACAUCCAACUAGCUUCUCGGCGAACUCAUUUUUAUCGGUUAUGAUGGAAGUCGACUUGUCAGAGUAUCGGUUGAGAUGCCAGCUCCGAGGGCACGAAGACGAUGUUCGUGGUAUAUGCAUAUGUGAGAAUACUGGAAUUGCAACUUCAUCAAGAGAUCAGACCGUUAGGUUCUGGUCACCAGACGGCUCAAACAACCGUGGCUACACCAUGUCAAAGAUAUUAUUGGGCCAUACUAGUUUUGUGGGCCCAUUGGCAUGGGUCUCUCCCAAUGAGGAAUAUCCAGAGGGUGCAGUUGUUUCUGGAGGCAUGGACACACACAUUUUUGUGUGGAAUUUGGGAACUGGUGAGAAAAUUCAAGAGCUGAAAGGCCAUAAGAUGCAAGUUACCGGCAUUGCACUGGAUGGCUCAGAUAUUCUAUCCACUUCUGUUGAUUGUACAUUACGGCGGUGGAGGAGAGGCAAACAGAUGGAAGUUAUGGAAGCUCAUAAAGCACCCGUUCAAGCAAUUAUUAAGUUGCCUUCAGGAGAGCUUGUGACUGGUUCAAGUGACAUGACAUUAAAGCUUUGGAAGGGUACCACAUGUGCGCGAACUUUUGUUGGCCAUACAGAUACAGUUCGAGGCUUGGCUGUGAUGCCUGGUUUAGGAGUCCUAUCCGCAUCGCAUGAUGGUUCCAUUAGGCUGUGGGAUCUUAGUGGUGAAGUGUUGAUGGAAAUGGUUGGUCACACUUCAAUUGUCUACUCUGUUGAUGCUCAUGUAUCUGGGCUUAUUGUCAGUGGCAGCGAGGAUUGUUUUGCUAAGAUAUGGAAAAAUGGAGUUUGUGUCCAGAGCAUACAGCAUCCUGGUUGUGUUUGGGAUGUUAAGUUUUUGGAAAAUGGUGAUAUUGUAACUGCAUGCUCUGAUAGAAUAGCACGCAUAUGGACAUUGCACCCGGAUAGGAUUACUGACCCUCAAGAAAUAGAUGCAUAUGAGAAUCUACUUAAUCAGUACAAGUGCAGUAGGAAGAAAGUUGGAGGAAUUAAAUUGGAAGAUUUACCUGGCCUGGAAUCUUUGCAGACCCCAGGCAAGAGUGAUGGGCAGACAAAAGUUGUUCGGGAAGGGGACAGCGGUGUAGCAUAUGCAUGGAAUAUGAGGGAAUAUAAGUGGGAUAAAAUUGGUGAAGUAGUUGAUGGACCUGAUCAGGGCAUGACACAAUCUUUGCUUGAUGGAGUUCCUUAUGACUAUGUGUUUGAUGUUGAUAUUGGUGAUGGUGAGCCUGUCCGUAAAUUGCCAUACAACCGGAAAGAUGAUCCAUAUACUACUGCUGACAAUUGGCUGCUUAAGGAGAAUCUGCCUCUUUCAUAUCGUGCGCAGAUUGUUGAUUUCAUUUUGCAAAAUACUGGACAGAGAAAUUUUACUCCGGAUCCAUCAUUCCGCGACCCCUUCACCGGCGCCAAUGCUUAUGUUCCUGGAGAAACUUCAAAAACUCUGGGCACUACUGCAGCAAAACCUACUCCCAAGCAUGUCCCAAAGAAAGGAAUGCUUGCAUUUGAUACGGCUCAGUUUGAUGGAAUUCUGAAGAAGAUUUCAGAAUUCAAUAGCAGUCUACAGUCUGACUCAGAGAGAAGUAAUUUGUCAUUAAAUGAGGCUGAGAUGUCAAGAUUGGCGGCUAUUGUUAAAAUUCUUAAGGACACAUCACACUAUCACAGCAGUAGAUUUUCAGAUAUCGAUCUUGCACUGGUUUUGAGGUUGCUUAAGAUAUGGCCACCAUCAAUGCUAUUUCCUGUGAUUGAUAUCUUGAGGAUGUUAAUUUUACACCCUGAUGGGGCAAAUAACCUACUCAAACAGCUCAACAGUGAUAAUGAUACACUUGUAGAGCUGGUCAAGAAGGUCACAGUGAACCCUCCACUCCCUGCAAAUCUUCUAACAAGCAUCCGUGCUGUGACUAAUCUAUUCAAGAAUCCAUCCUUCUGUGAUUGGUUACUAAAGCACCGUGGAGAGAUUUUAAAUGCUUUCUCCAGCUGUUAUCUAACCACAAAUAAAAAUUUACAACUGUCUUAUUCGACAUUGGUACUCAACUAUGCUGUUCUUUUGAUUGAAAAGAAAGACGAGGAAGGGCAAUCUCAAGUUCUUUCAGCAGCACUUGAGAUUGCAGAAGAGGAAAGUAUUGACACGGAUUCAAAAUUCCGAGCUCUAGUCGCAAUUGGAUCACUGAUGCUUGAGGGCGUAGUUGGAAAAAUAGCCUUGGAUUUGGAGGUUGAAAAUAUUGCCAAGGCGGCUAGGGCGUCGAUGGAUACCAAGAUGGCUGAAGUAGGAGCUGACCUUGAACUGAUAAUAAAGCAACAGACCUCCUGAUUGUUUGGGAACAUAUAUUGCGGACCGCCCCUCUUCUCACCGUUUUCUGCAAAAUCAAACGUGGAGGUAAGGUUUAAGGGCAAAGCACCUUUUCAAAGUUCUUUUUUUAACAUUCUAUGAAAAGAAUGGUAGAAUGUCUGUAUUGUGGAUCUUUAAUGAAAGUGUUUUGUGGUCGAUACGCCGCAAAAAGUAUUACUCCUUCCGACUCUGAAUUCAUUCCAUGGUUUUACUUCCAUGUAUUUCAAGAAGAUUUAAUCUUAAUUUGGGGACGGAGUGAGUAUUUACUUUUUGUUAUUACUGGCCCUAUUCUUUUUUUGAACUAAAUCUACAGUUUUACUUCACGUAUUUCAAGAAAGAGUGACUUUGAUUUGGAGAGGGAGAGAGUAUUUUUUUUACAGCUCUAUUACAAUGUAG